AUGUCUGGCUCGUCUGUUCCAAGUCUUUCCCAGUGGACUCAGGAGCAUCUGAAGGCUGUACUGGACGCCGCGUCCGAGGAAGCGUUUCAUACGGCCUUUGACGCCUUCAUCUCCAAACACGUCCACAUUAACGUCAAUGGAAAACAUAUCACUCGCGAGCAAUAUAAACAGUUGUUACUUGGCGAGAAGACUUUCGGGACCACUGCAGCUCCAUGUACUCUGCUGUUUGAAGCUGUAGUUGAAGUUCCCGCCGACAGUUCUCAUCCUGCAAUGGCGGGCACAGUUGGUUUGUUCUACGAGGCUGUCGUAACUGGGCGGUACGUGGUGUUGGGCGUACCGAACACUAGUACGAUCCGUUCAUCAUUGAACAUCGUGAUUACCCCCGAUACCUCUCUGGCACACGAGGGCACUGGCUAUACCCUUGAUACUCGCAGGGUGUCGCACUUGAACGAGGUAGUAGUGGAUGAAGAAAACCCCAUGGUCCACCCCAAGCCCAGGCGCGCUAGUCGACGUACUUCCCUCACUUCCCCUCCCCCAGAUGCGAAUGCGACCACGAUAGUAAGCGCCAGCGCCUGA